AAAAGAUGUUUCAGCAGAGCAAGGCAAAUUGUAUAAAGCGUUCCACACUCACCAACGGGUUGCAUUAUUCCGCGCUGAACGUGAGAUUGGUGCACACUUAGUUAUCGUGUUUCGUGAAACUCCAACACAGAAACUCACGCACACCGAAAAUGAAGCAACGGUGCGCUUUUGCCGGGUGCGAAAAGUUGCUGCCGGCGGUGCUGCUGCUGCUGUUCGCGCUGCAGGCAACCGUCCCGGAAGGCACGGUCGCGGGCUGCAGCAUGCUGAACAACGACAACGCCGAGCAGCGGGGCGCUGCCAUGCUGGCCGAUCCGGCCACCGUCAAACAGGUGCCCGAGGUGACGAUGCAGGACGCGAUCGCGCAGUGCAACCGGAGCUUCAUCAUCCAGCCGGAGUAUCUGGCCGAGCUGAACCAAACCGGCAGCUUCCCGGAAGAAACGGACAAGAUACCGCUGUGCUUCAUCCGGUGCUAUCUGAAAGCGCUCGGCAUACUGACGGAGGACGAUAAGGUGAACAAGGAGGUGGCGCUCGCCCGCAACUGGGCCACCUCGGGCGAAACCGUCGACGAGUGUCUGGAGGAGAUGGCUGGUAGUGCCUGCGAACAGGCGUACUUCUUCACGCGCUGCGUCAUGACCCGCGCCCUGGUGGAUGGGAAGAGCAAGGAUAACAAGUAAAUAGGAAGCCCGCUGCCCGAUACUCGAUGCCCGAAUCCCGCUUAGAAAGAGAACCUUGAACCUCUGCAACCGCUGUACAUAGCUAACGGAGUGCACACAAUAAACUGCAUCACCUGUUGUUCCUUAGCAUCCUUCAAAAAAGGG